AUGGAUACACCUUCUCUUGUUUCACAGAGGCGAUCUGAAUCUGGCCUCUCCAUCCAGCUUCACCCCCUUGUUCUUCUCAGCAUCUCUGACCACCUCACUCGCCAUAAAGCACGUCAGAGAAAAGGUCUAGUAGUGGGUGGCCUCUUAGGCCAGCAAAAUGGACAAGAAAUUACAUUGGAACAUGUCUUUGAAUGUCCAACCCAACUUGGAUCUGAUGGUGAUUUCCGAAUCUUGAAGGAAUGGUUCGACACACGUCUACAACAAUGUCAGUAUAUCAUUCCCCGCACUAGCUUAUUGAACUAUCUCUCACCAUACCCAGUCAAGGAUGUUCAUCCACACCUUGAGCUUGUAGGAUGGUGGUCCACCGCUUCACCGAAUGGCCCUAAUGAGGCAUACCUACCUAUCCACCGUCAGAUCCUCCAGUACUAUAAUGAAUCCGCCGUCUUCCUAGCUUUCCACCCUUCAGAACUCCAAACAUACGAAACACACAACGCCAAGCUCCCAUUGACUAUCUACGAAAGUGCUCUAGAGAAUGACAAUGACAAUGACAAUGAUGCUGCUAAGGAUAUGGAGAUUGAUGGCCAGGAUGUGCCUAACUUGAGGUUCCGCGAACUACCUUAUUCGAUGGAGACAGGCGAAGCUGAGAUGAUCGGCGUCAACACCAUUGUCCAAGACUCCGCAACUGCGGCAGUCACAUCUCACAAUUCACACACUUCUUCUGCACACCCGCGUAAAGUGGAUGAAAACGAAAAUGAAUUCACACCUACAAAAAUUACCGACAAAAUCGAGGACGAGUCAGCCGUUGGCAAGCUAAAUCAUCACGAGGAGCAGUGUAAGCGUCGCACCAAAAUCCCUACUCUCCAAACAUUCCAUCUAUUCAUCAAUUUUGUAUACAAUUCUAACAUGGGGAUAAUUUGGACAGUAAUCGCAAGCCUGACUUCCCGCCUCAACGCAGUCCGUAUCCUGGAAUCCCGCGUCACUCUCGUCAAGUCUUAUGUCAAUAGCAUCUCUGCCAAUUGUUCCGCAAAUCCCUCUGAAUCACCAGCAUACUCCCACCCAAUCAUUCGCAAUGUCAAUGGCCUCCUUUCGGAACUUAGUCUCCUCAACCCGUCUGAUGAAAAUGGCUUGGCCAAAGAACUCGUUUGCCAAAAUAACGACGUUCUCAUGGUUUCUCUGCUUGGAGAAGUAGCCAAGAUCGCUAGGACUGCGAGAGAGCUUGGCCAGAAGAAUGCGGCUGUGCAAACAGGACGACAGACGGGUUCCGCCCGGAAGGCUGCCAUAGGAAAUUUCGAGGAUGUGCGUUAUAUGGCAAAGUUUGAGGAGAUAGACCAUCAGUAUGGGCCUUUCUCCCAUUAG